AUGGCAUUACGUGUAAACAUUGUUAGUGGUGAUGAAUCGUGGAUUUACUGUUAUGAACCAGAAAAUAAACGACAGUCGGCUGUUUGGGUGUUCCAAGGCGAAGAAAAGCCAAAAAAGUCAUCCAUGGUCGCGACAUUUGUGUCAAAAGCGGGUCGUAUUGCAACAAUUCCUCUUAAUGAGCAAAGAACUGUUACUGCGGAUUGCUAUACCACCAUUUGUUUGCCAAAAGUCAUCACCGAGCUUCGAAAAAUCAACCCCAAAAGAAGAAUCAUCCUCCACCAAGACAAUGCAAGCUCGCACACAGCCCAAAAAACAAGGCAGUAUUUAACGGAAGAAAACGUGGAAUUAUUGGACCAUCCUACAUAUAGUCCCGAUCCAAGUCCUAACGAUAUCGUUACCUUUCCGAAAAUUAAAAAUAGACUGCGUGGUCGAAGGUUCCAGUCACCAGAAAAAGCAGUUGGCGCAUUCAAAAAUGCCGUUUUGGAUCUGCCAGCAAACGAGUGGAAUAAGUGCUUCGAAAAUUGGUUCGAGCGCAUGCGCAUGUGUAUUAAUCUUCGUGGAGAAUACUUCGAAAAACAAUAA